UCGCUUGGAGUGCUCUGGAGGUGCGCGACCCAGGUAGUAACAGUUAAACCAAAUGAUUUGGGCCGACACAGAAGCAGUUGCGUGACUAUGAAGUCAUCAGGUGUAGCAAAUCCAAGAACAUAGGCGGGAACCGCAAAUAAGCGAGUAAGCGACCUUCAAUAAUCAUUAAUUUUUGUUUUCACAACGAUGUUGCUGUUAUCUCCCUAAUGGUAUUGUCACAACUCAUCAUAUCGGAAGUGAUUUAUGCUUGAAAGAGUAUAUUGUUGUAGCGUCUGAUUGCUAUUGAAAA